AUGAAGUAUCAUAUGAAAUAUAUCAUACUUAACAGGACUCCUAUGCCAAAGAAAAUGCUGUUGUACUUUCUUCACUCUCAUCUGCAUUUGAAGGUAUCUUUUUUUGGAAUGGAAACAAGGAUAUUCUUCAAAUUUGGAAUGUCCUUCUCCAAAACAAAAACAGCAAAUGAUUCCCAAUUCAAAACCUCGAAAAAAGGCGGCACGAAGUUGUCCGAUAUAAUAACCGGAACACAUUCGUAG